AUGGCGAUUCAGCUCGAUGGUUGUCGCGGCCGCCUUGCGGAGGCGGUGGAAGCCGUCAAAGAUAACGGCAUUGGGGCGCUGCACCUCGCCGCCGGGGGCAAGAAAGCCGAAGUGUGCGAGUUCCUUGUCGAGGAUGUCCGGGUGGAUGUGGAUGCCCUUGACAUGUGUGGUAGAACACCUCUCGUUUGGGCAAUUAGUUGUAAAAAAGGGAAGAUGGAUAUUGUCAGGUAUCUUCUUGAUCAUGGUGCCAAUCCAAAUAACGUCGACAAAACAGGGUGUACUCCUCUCCAUGAGGCCACCAAAAUAGGGCACUGUGAAGCAGUAGAACUCUUGCUCUCUAGAGGCGCUUAUGUCGAUCCAAUUUCUACUCAUCACGGAACACCGUUGCAUGUUGCUGCUGAGCAUAAGCAGCAUGGUGCCAUGAAGAUUUUGUUGGAUCACCGUGCAGAUUUUAACAAGAUUCAGGGCAUUUUCAACUCACCUCUCAUAAUUGCUAUCUGUAGUCGCUCAGUGAAAUGUGUGAACCUACUGCUAGAGGCUGGUGCGGAUGUGAAGGGUGUGCUUACUGCAACCCCCUUGCAAGCUGCUGCAAGAAAUGGCCUAACUGACGUCCUCAAGCCCCUAUUGGACGCUGGUGCAGAUCCCAAUGUUCGAAAUGAAUUUGGUCACUUGCCAAUACAACUUGCGGCAUACUUUGGUACACGCAGAGAUGUUGAGAUCCUGUUUGAAGUUACUUCUUCUCGUAUUCCAGCUUUACAUGAUUGGAGCGUUGAUGGUAUAAUUAGUUAUAUAAAGUCAGAGCCAAAGUUGGAGGAUCUCCCUUUGUCUAAAAUGUCAUUAGCUAAGUUGAAAGAAGAAGGAGACAAAGCUUUGUGCAAAAAGGAUUACAACGCGGCAAUAGAAUUCUAUAACAUGGCUUUGUUGGUUGAUUCUGAAGAUGUUGAUGCAUUCAUGCUUGGCAAUAGGGGGUUUUGCCGCCUUCAACUGGGCAAUGGAGAGGGUGCUUUAAGUGAUGCCCUUCUUUGCAGGACAAUGCGACCUAACUGUGCGCAGACAUGUGGGCUGCAGGGCUACUCAUAUGUGCAACUAAAGGAGUAUGAAAAGGCAUGUGAUGCAUUUCUCGACGGUCUCAAAUUGAUGCCAUGCUAUGUUGAAAUCGAGGACGCGUUGAGGAAAGCUCUGAGAUUAUUGAAAGAAUCUCACGCCGGCAAGAAGAGCAGCUCAAAAGGACAGAUAUCGUGAACCAUGUAUUUUUCUCUGAAGACAGAAAUUUGACUAACAAGUCAAACGUACUGAAUCUCCUGAGAAGCCCUUGCUGCCUGCUGAAGAACGAGGUGGUGCUUUCUGUGUUAAAUUAGACAAGGGGCUGGAACCACGAAUAACCUAUGAUUCCCUGUUGACUGUAGGUUCAUGCAUACUCUGACCGUAGUACUAGAAAGUAUAAACCGUUGUUGAUAUCUUUAACCCUGUGAUUGAUGUCGACUGUAAUG